AUGUUGAAAUUGGCUUCUCGACUGAGCAGAUGUGUUCUUCUCCGUAACCAGCACGCAUUCGUUCAAGGCUACUCUUCUUUCAACACAACUGCCUCGUGGUGCGAUAAUUCCAGCGAUCAAGACUCAAAUGAAGUCCAAGAUCUUAUUUUCAAAGUCGAUGAAAUCGAAACCGAAGCCAAGCCAGUUCUUGCCUGUGUUAGUGACCUCAUGAAAACGUCGAAAGUAGAAUACCUCGAAAGUAAUCUACCAAUUCAACUUCGUAUGGGAGUCGAUUUCGAAACGAACAAAGACAAGAUCAAAAAACGCUUCAACAAAUUCCAAAUUCGCCACGUGAUCGAUAUGGAUAAUGGUGGACGUAAUGCACGCAUAAUAGUUGUGUGCGAUCCGUCGGAGACGGCGGCUGCACUCGAGUUCGGAGCACUGUUGGCCGGAUCUAGCAAAAUGAUGCUCGACUUUGUGUAUGAAAAGCCAGAAGUUGAUUACUGCUUCUGUUUGGAGAACCAAUUCGAAGUCUUCAGAAGAAACGACACAUUCAAAACAACACUCCAAAAGAUGGCUGUAGAUAUUCCUGUUGUUCUGAACGAGAAAAAGGGCAAGUUCAACGAAUAUGUGAUCAACGAUUUGGAUGUGAUCCAGAAAUUCAAUAAGCCACUUCUUUGUGGUUCGAAAGAAGAUUUUGGCGUUGUGGUCGGUGACAUGUCAAUGAGUGAAGAAAAACUUAUAGAGAACAUUCAAAUCGUUACUGACAAGCUAUCUAAAUUAUUUGGUUUCGCGAUGACGAAGCAAGGCAAAUCCGCUGACAAGGAUAGACUAUUUUUGAAGAACGCGAGAUUACAAGUCGCCGGCUUAGAAGACUUCAACAUCGAAUGCGCUGAUAAUAAGCCUGAACUUAUCUUUUAG